GCCGAAUGUUCGGACUUGUACUCUGCUGAGUGGGCGAAGGAACAUGACUCAAUAUAUGGACAUGCAUCAGCAGACCCACUCUUCGUGUCGCUCAUACUAGCCUCGCAUAUCUUCUCCCAAAUUCCAAGGCGCAAACUCGCAGCUCUUCCUCUCGACUCAGUCUCGCAUUUGCUUGCCUGCGCCAUCUGGCAAGCUUUUCGGGGUGGAAGCAUUUUCUCGCAAUUCUUGAGCAAUGUUGCGGUAGACAAUGCAGGCAGGGUAGUGCUUGAUUCUCUGGGAAAUGCGACCACCAUUCUCAAAGUCACUGGCGACCCGCUAUACGGCGCCCUGCCAUCCUUGUGCCGCUUUCUAUCCCUCACCCUGACCAUGCCCCUCUCGACCUCGAAAGCGGACUUGUCUCCAGUACAAAUUGUCCUGAAUAUUUUUGACGAAGUUGCCGCUCAUGCGGACUUGCUUGCCUUGCUUGACUCCAAGUCCAACGACGACAUCGCACCUUCCGCCCGACCCGUCAUCACCGACUUCUUCACCGUCGUGAAGACACUGCUUUUCUGCAUCGUCAUGGUUGCGGACGCGGUCAUGGCGCAUGUGGUAUACGUGCGGCCCGGUAGUGCUAUAGCGGCCUCUCCUGCUCCAUCCACCACUCCAACCUCACCCCAUACCGCCCUUGCCUUCACCCUCCUACGCACGCUCGCCCGCCUCUCUCCCGCGAAGGCGACCUUUCCUGAGCUUGCGCGCGCCUUCUAUGCUGCCCUGGAUGUAAUUGCUGCGGAUGAUAGAGGCGCUGCGGAUGCAUUGGUGCGAGGGAUUGCGAGGGGAAUCGUGAUCGGUGGAGUUGAGCGAGCCGAUGACUUGGGCAAGCCUGCGACCUCGAGCUCAAGGCAGAUGUCGCCUGCCAGUCCUUCGCACACCGCAUUCGCACUAUCAUGCGUCGAGCAGCUCGUGCCAGUCCUCAGUCUGGGCGCGGUGGAGGAGGCGUGGGGGUUUGUAGCGCAGUUUCUGUCCUCACCCACCCCUCGCGCCCCCUACGAAGCCGCGCACUCCGCCGCGCUCGCCCUCUUCGACGCGUACGCUCCGGCUGAAGGCGACGUCAAUAAGAGGGAAGAGAAGGCGGAGCAAAUCGCCUAUGUCGCGCGCUUGGUGCCGUAUUAUGCACAGUGUCUGAUCGAGAACUCCUCCCCCUCCCACCUUAGCCUCGCCCAGCUACGGCAUGCGUACGCGAUGGUAGUGCGCUGCGCAGGCGCGCAUGACGACGCGCUGGCGAUGUACUGUGUGCAGGCGUUGCUGGAUGCGUUGUGCGAAGGCGAGGCAAGCGAGGUUGGCACGAUGCAGCGCGAAGCUGUACACAAACAGCGCCUACGCCUCACGCUGGCGUCGACUAUCUCUUCGUUGCCGACUUCCUUACUUCCGCAAGUUCUGGAUGAGCUCAGGAAGCUCGCAAUGCACUCGUCCGACGAUUCCUCGGUAACCACCUUCACCAUCGAAGAACGCGUCGCUCUUCGGGACGCCAUCUUCGAGGAGAUCACCGAGAAGGUUGGCAACGCAGGGAAGGAAAUUGCAGUACGCUGGUGGUACGCGAACCGGGAUGUGUUUCCGCCCGUGGGGUUGGAGAAAGGGAAGGGAGCAGAGGGGAAGGGAAAGGGCAAAGAGGAGAACAAGUUGCUUGCGCAGCUGUGAUGCUGCUGAAUAUGUGGUUGCUUGGGGAGCACAAGUGACCGAUGCCCUUGGCAUCCUGUGAAUGCGCAAGCUUCCUCUUCGAGUCUUCCCGUGUACUUCGACGAAGAUCAUAAACAAUUGUGGCCACGCGACCAAUUCCAGAGAUGCGACUUGUGAGGUG